AUGGGUCAUCAACCCCAAGUCCACCGUGCCACUAACGAGACCCUGGCCUCUCCAAGGCCCGAGGCCAACCAGGAUGUUAAUUUCAUCGAGCCCAAUUCUGAUACACGUCCUUCUUCGAUCCCCUCUCCCUCUCCGUCAUCUCGAGGGAUUCUUCAAGAGCUUUUAGCCGAUCAAGUUCAUAACAAGAGUCUUGCUUGGAACUCAUCUCGAAGGGAGAACAACCAAAGCCAGCAAUUGUACUUGAAGACCGGUCCUAUCAAGCUGCCCGCAAAGACGAUCCCAUCUCGAGGGCCACGGCGCUCACUCAUUGAUUCUGACAGCUUCGAACUCCUCGAUGCGGUUCCUGAAGAAUCAAUUGAAUCCAGCGACUUUGAUACUGCACCCAGUGGGCCUUCAGCUUUGACUUCAUACAAGCUACACUCUCAAGGUCAGUUUGAAUGGCUCGUGGCGUUUCCAGUGCCAGCGAGUACCACCAAGGACCACGGCUCUUUCGACGACAGUGAGAACGAUCACCACGAAGUCGAGAUCGCGGUUCAUGGCUGCACUUUGCUGUCACGACGUCCGGGCCCCGCCGGCAAUUCUAAAGCUGACGUCUUCAACCUUCUAGCCACACCAUUGAUUGCUGAGGAGUAUAUGGCUUUAGGAUUUGAUCCUUCUCAAGCCAAGAUGGCACUCCCUCCCCCUCCAGCAUAUGAGCUUCACCAGAAUGUCCCACUUAAGGUUCCCGAGGUCAUCGAGACGGUAGAGCCUGUUUCGCCUUCUCUUACUUUGAUUAGUGAGAGAGGCAGUAGUUACGCAGGUUCCUCUAGGACCGGAUCCUUCUCGGUGCCCCGAAUCGAGGACUCUUUCGAGGAACUUGAUAAACUCGAGGAUGAGCUCGAGGCUAUCAAGGCUUUCACCCAGCCACAACGCAUUCCUGUGCCUGAGAAUCCUGUGCCCAGCAAUAAACAUCUCGAACCACCCUCCACGAGUAAGAAGCCGACCGUUUCAAAGAGGGCAUCAGUUAUCGGCAUGUCCUCCACAGUUCGCAUCAAACAGACCGAGCGACCACAGCUUCCUCUUCGACGAUCAACCUCUCUGGUAUUUAGAGACAAGAAGCAGGACGACGCCGACAACACCCCGGAUUUGAAACCACAGACUGCACGCGGAAAGCUGACCAACUCUCACUCUGCACCAUUGAAAGCGCCUGUCAAGUCUACGAAGCCUCCUACUGUCCCCAAAUUUGAGCUUCCUGGUGAGGCUGUCUCUCGACGCCUGAAGGAACAGCGCGAGGCUCGUCGAGCCCAACAGGCUGAGGCUCAGAAAGCUUAUGCGCCUCCUCCGAGACCAAAGUCUAGUAAACCACUUACGAAGCCGAACUUCGAGCUUCCAGGGGAGGCGAUCUCUCGCCGUAAGCGUGAAGAGCGUGAGGCCAAGCUCAAGGCACAAGAAGAAGAGGAACAAAAGAAGCGGGAGUUCAAGGCGAGGCCUGUGCGUCAUAGUUUAAUGCCUGGUAGCAUUCCGCGAGAAACGAUUACCAGUCUUGCUCGACAAGGCAAGCUCCCGCAAGACGAUGUAACUAAGACAUCAGCCUCAACUAAAGCAAAGCGGAUGUCAAUGCAGGGCCCAAGACCACCCACCCUGUCAGAGGCUCCGGUUACCCAGAGUCGAGGUCGCCUUUCCACUGCUACAUCACGAGAAGAUCUUAGCCGGGCUACCUCAACUUCUACAGGAAGCGGCGGUGGAAAGCGAACUACACUCACUGCAGAAGAGGCUUACCAACUGAGGCUUCGUGGGAAGGAGAUUUUUCAGCGAGAUAACACAAGCUUCACACAAGACAGGGAGCGUGAGAGACGCGAACGUGAAGAAGCAACACGCCUUGCUCGCGAGCAGGCUGCGGAGCGCUCUAGAAUUGCGAGCCGGGUAUGGGCAGAGAAGAAACGACGCAAGGAGUUGGCCAUCCUGGAGUCCCUGAAGGGACACUGA